AUGGUUUUCAUUGAGCGGAAGUGGGCGAAGGCCUACGAGAGUGGCAUUCUUUGGUGGGCUGAAAUCCAUGACUCAUUGAGAUUGGUUCCAAAGUCUGUGGUGUACACCUUCAAUCCAUCACAAUCCACCCUAUCGAUCCUGUACAUUCUCAUAUCUGGAGAUUUCAUGUUGCACCACUCGAAUAUUAUUUGCAUGAUCCUGGGGCAAUGA